UAGUUUGUGUUUGGAAAUUUGUGUAAUAAAUUUUGUAUAUGUGCUCUAAAAUUGUAUCAAGAUAAAUAUUUAUAAAACAAAAAAAUAGAAAAUGGGCGAUAGCGCGAUUCUGUUGGCUCAAAAGAGCUUUCUCAGAGGGCCCGUGACCAACAAUGGGUUUGUAAACUUCAUGCGAGAUUACGCAGCGCAGGCACGUGGGCUGGACGUAGCUGAUGCGAUAACCGGUGGCAAGAUGUGGAACAGGCUGACCCCAUCUCAACGGAAGAACUAUCGGUUUAUGCAGGUCGAUGGCGAGGAUGAUAAUGAUGUCAGCAGCAAGGAGAGCGAGAAUGGCAGCGAUAAGGCCAGCGAGAGUGAAGACGAGGACAUGGACGCCAUGGAUGACGCGGAUAAUGCUGAUGAUGCUGACGAUGCUGAUGAUGCUGAUGAUGCUGAUGGUGCUGAUGAUGCUGAUGAUGCUGAUGAUGCGGAUGAUGCGGAUGAUACGGAUGACCAGGACGACGGCUGUUGCCCCAAGAAACGCAAGAAGAAAUCAUGCUGCCCAUCACCUUGUCCUAAGAAGCGUCGCCGUAAGCCAUGCUGCCCCCAACCCAGCAGUCCGUCGCCAUGCUGUCCAAAGCCGAAGCCAUGUUGCCCGAAACCCAAACCAUGCUGUCCGAAACCCAAACCACGCUGCCGCAAACCGAAGCCUUGUUGCCCUAAACCGUGUUGUCCCAAACCAAGGAAACGCCGCCCCUGUUGCCCGAAGCCGUGCUGCCCGAAGCGCAAGAGGCGUCGCUGUCCGAAGCCGAGGCCCUGCUGUCCGAAGCCCCGGCCAUGUUGCCCGAAGAGAAUCAAGUGCCAGAAGCCUGGCCCAAUCACAAACAAUGGCUAUUUGAACUUCCUGCGGGCCUAUCGACGCAAGCACUGCGGCCUCAAACCCAAGGAGUUGGUCAUGAAAGCAGCACGAGCAUGGUGUAGACUGCCAGAGUGUAAGAAGGAUUUCUAUCGCCGCCAGGCCUGCAAAGUCACCAAAAGCUGUCGCCACAAGCGGCGUAAAGUCUGCACUGGAAAAAAAUGAGGGUGCCCUCGGCUAAAAAACUGUCUGCAGAUCUUGUCAACGAUGCUAACUGUCUACUGUGCUGCAUUUUGUCCUAGUCCUAAUCCAAUCAGUAUCGUUGCAAAUCUGCACUAGCUGAGGCUACCAUCCACUCGAAGUUGUCCUAAUGUUGUCUACGAAACCACCUGUGAAAUGUGCUGCAUGUCGUCCUACUAGAAAUCUGCGUCACCUAAUCUUUUA